GUACAGCCCAACAAAAUGCAAACUUCAAUCGUACGCCGUUCUUUUAACAAGAUUGUCGUGGAAAAUAAAUUCGCUCAGUCCUGGGUAAAAUCCUUGCGUUUUAUAAAAUAAUUUAACAAACUUUUACAAAAUAAAGAGACGUCCUUGAUCUGAGCAAGCUUACAAAAAUUUGUGAGCUAAUUUUCUUUCAAAAUAUUUGCGAACUUUUGUAAAAUUUUGCAAGUUUACAAAGUUAUGAAGAACUGUGUGAAUUGCCUUAAUAUCUUGCAUACAGGAAAAGUGCUUUUCUUAAAAUAAAGGUAAAAUAAAUCCAGCCGGUAAAAAUGGGCACACUAAAUUUAUUAAUUGUGCUUCUGUCCCUUCUCAUCACUUCAAGUCAACAAAACAACCAAGCAGAGUUUGGAGCAGUCUCCUCCCUUAAUCAAACUAUAGACUCAUUGUUACAACCGGUUAAUGAAAACGUUACCUCUACCCACAAUUUUAAUAAAAAUAGCACCACUUCUGCCAACAAUGUUACCGUAAAUGAUACCAGCGCCACAUAUAUAUUGGAAGGCGUCACUCCACAAUACGAAGUCUUCCACUCCAGCAAAUACGAAAAUCUCCCCCGACUCAAGAAACUCAUCCUCCUCGAAUACGUCGCCAUCGAAGCCGACGAUUUUCUCGCCUUCCUUCAACUCCAUUCCGCAACUCUCGAGUCGAUCACUUUACACAAGGUUACGAUUCAAGGGACCUUUCGAGACACGAAAAACGUGUAUUUACCAAAAUUAAAAUCAUUCUACGCUAACAUAGACAACAGACGAGGUCAGACGUAUCAAGAUCCUUUAUCCAUCAUGAUGUUUACCACGAACAAUGCAACCUCGUCGUGGAAAUGGGAAGACGUUUGGUUACAACGGGUCAACCUGGUCAUCAUAUUUGACGGCAGAACUUAUCUUGAAAUUGACCAUGACGCCGGCGCAAAUUUCUGGCAGUUUCUUGCACCUCGCAUUUCAUGCAUUUCUUGUUUCGCAGUGCAAGAAAUGAAACACUGCAAGCGAGCUGUACUGUCAAUUCUUAAAUGAAGUCAUGCACUAAUAAAAAUUGCAGAUAACGUCCAUGUCCAUUGCCGUGUAUGCGCCAUCCUUAGCGAUUGAACUGGUGACCGGCGUGAGUACUAGGAUUUCGACGGCCGUGAUCUCUUUUGUCUGCAUAUUCUACUCAACUUUGGGCGGUCUAAAAGCCGUCUUGUGGGCCGACGUACUCCAAGCGUUCAUCAUGCUCCUUUCACUCGCAGUGAUUGCGGGCAAAGGGGUCGCCGAUGUGGGCGGGAUGACCGUCAUGUGGGACCGGGUCCAGAAAUCAGGCAGGGUCCAUUUUUUCAACUUUGAUCCUGACCCGAGAACGAGACACACCGUGUGGACGUGUCUCAUCGCAGGGUAUUUCUUCUGGCUGCCGACCUAUGCCGCCACGCAGGUCCAGAUCCAACGCUUUCUCUCCCUCCCGACGAUAUCGAGGGCGAGAAGAACAAUUGUUAUCAACUUUGUCGGGCUUUUCGUAAUCGUGGGGCUCUGCUUCUUCACGGGGUGUGUUAUCCUUGCCAAAUAUUAUGACUGCGACCCUUUAACCACAAAGGAAGUCGAAAAAUCGGAUCAACUCGUCCCCCACUUUGUGAAAAGUACGGUUGAAGGUGUCCCAGGAUUGUUGGGAUUGUUCGUGUCUGGUCUGACAUGUGCGAGUAUGAGUUCCUUAUCCAGUGGACUUUCCGCGCUCUCCUCAAUCACAACGUACGACUACGUUUCCAAAUGGUUUCCACAUUUUGGGGAUGCAAAACUCUCCCAGAUUUCAAAACUUAGCUGUUUCGUGUUGGGCGUGGUCACAUAUCUUUUCAUUUUUGUGGUUGAAAUUAUGGGAAAUAUUUUGCCGGCAACCACAGCUCUUUCAGGUCUCUUAAUCGGACCAACGCUAGGACUCUUCACGCUAGGAAUGUUCUUCCCACCGACGACUACAAAGGUCGCCUCAAGUCUGGAUUAGAUGACGAAGGUAAUGGGAAGCAUGUUCCGGUUUGUAGACAACAUCCAACUGAUAUUCAAGAAUAUAUCGCUUUGACCAAGAAAUUAGCAAUCCUUGCAUCUAACCUUGAUCCCAUCAAUUCAAUUGAUAUUACGGUUAUUAACUCAAACAGGUCCAAAGAGCAUUUACAAUAUGUAGAGUUUGCAGCCUUCGAAGGGCAUAAGUCUACCCAAAGAAAAAUCAGGUCUUCUAUCUUCCAAGAAUUAUUUGCAACUGCAAAUAUCAACAUUACCAGCAAAUUGGACACUAACAACCUAGAAGUUGAAGCGGUAAGAUUGACCAGUGCUUCAAAGUUUGGAUUGUCAAAAACAAUGCUAGGAACCAUUGUACCAGGACGGCCGGGCGAAUUACGACAACCAUCAAUCUUAUCGGUAGAUAAUUACUACUUUCCUGGUGGAAUUGAGUUAAAUAAUCAGUUCUACGUUUUUGUCUCAACGACUGCAUCGUCCGUAAAUGACCUACUUCAAGUUUUGGCAACAAAAAUGUAUGACAUCCUGGAGCUCAGGACUUCUGUUUCUUAUCCAAAUAAUGCCACUCUGGGUAGCAAGUUGAUUAUUGUGAGGGGUCCAGACAGAGGAAUGGGUCUAAAAUACGACCAUUUCUCAUACUUAAAUGGAACAUACAUGUUAACAUCUAUUAACUUUACACAAUUAAUGAUUCUAUAGAUAUGUGUUUCAAAGAAUCAUUUCAUUUUAACGGGCACAAUGCAAUGUGCCCGUUAAAAAAUUAUUCAAUUAUUUGCUGUUAACAUUUCAUUUAAAUAAUUAAUAUUUCAUUUUGUGUUAAAAUUCCGAUUACGCAGAAACAUGAUAGAAGGACUUUUGUAUAAUAAUAUAUCAACAAAUAUUUAAAAAGUUAGAAUUUACUUACCCACACACUUUAAAAUUUGUGUAAUCAAAUCUAUAUCAUUGUCUGCAUUUAUUCUGUUAAUUCGUUGGUAUUAUUACUGUACUUUACCUAAUUUAUUAUUGCAUUCAUCUUCUUCCAUUUUGUUAACCUUCAAUAUUUUCUAUUUCGCUGUCAUACAUCUAUCAAAUAGCUUAAAUUUAUACGUUUAUACGCUUAUCUCCUCCUUCAAUUGUAACAGCGAGGUCAUGAAAAUUGUCCAAUUUAUCAAAAAUCCAAAUUAAAUACAAAUAAGUAACUCUAAUUUACAAAUGAUUGUUCGCACUGAAAAUCAAUGCUCAUAUUUCUACCAUUUUUCAAGUACCUAUGUAAAUAAUUGGCAAUAUUUAAAGUUUAUCAAAAGUUUAGGGAAAGCAAAAUCUCGACAACUUUUUGGAGAGAAGGUUGGUGAGACUUGUUUUUUGUGGGGGACGUUUUUUUUAUCUACGUAUGUAUUUAAAAUAUUUGGAAAUAAUUUCGAAAUAUUUAGAAAUAAUUUGGAAAUAUUAGGAAAUAAUUAGGAAAUAUUUGGAAAUAAUUUGGAAAUAAUUUGGAAAUAAUUGGAAAUAAUUUGGAAAUAUUUGGAAAUAAUUUGCAUUGUAUGUACAAAUUUUGCAGGAUUUGAUUAAGUUUUCCGAUUUUGGGUGUUAGAUUAUUAGAUUGUGUGAUGGAUGUGGCAUCGUAAACCCCUAUGCAGGAGGAACCUAUAUCGGAAAAGAAUUUUACCUGAGCACAAUCAAUUUUUUCAGAGGCAAAUUAAAUUAGGGUAUAUGCACUGUUAAAAAAUGAGAAAUGUUUGACAUUUAUUUGACGUCAUCAUUAAUAUGUGCGAAUAAUGCAAGGAACACAAUUUGCAAAAUGUCUUGCAAUUUCACAAUUGUUGUAAAGUAAUAUCAAUGUUGGAAUAUUUGUAGCUCAUAAAAAAAUAAA